AUGGCAACUUACUGCUUAACUGUCAGCCGGCUUCAGCUUGCUCUGGGGCACGGAGCACGGCGGCUGCAUGUGUCGGCCGCCUUGAGCGCGAAGGCCAAAGUGGCGAUGAGCCGCUUUGAGUCAAACUCCCACAUCAAUUAUGAGAAACUCCAGUCCAACUUAAACAUUGUGCGCAACAGACUGAAUCGUCCCCUCACCUUAUCUGAGAAGAUUGUCUACAGCCAUCUUGACGACCCUGCGGGUCAGGAGAUAGCGCGAGGGCGUACAUAUCUGCGUCUGCGGCCUGACCGCGUGGCCAUGCAGGAUGCCACGGCCCAGAUGGCCAUGCUGCAGUUCAUCAGCAGCGGACUGCCCAGAGUAGCUGUGCCCUCCACCAUCCACUGUGACCAUCUGAUCGAGGCUCAGAGCGGAGGUCCCAAAGACCUGCAGAGGGCAAAGGAGGUGAAUCAGGAGGUUUAUAACUUUCUUGCCAGUGCUGGAGCCAAAUAUGGUGUUGGUUUUUGGAAACCAGGUUCUGGAAUCAUCCACCAGAUUAUUCUGGAAAACUACGCUUACCCUGGUGUCAUGCUGAUUGGCACGGACUCUCACACGCCUAACGGGGGCGGUCUAGGAAGUAUCUGCAUAGGAGUGGGCGGGGCUGAUGCAGUAGAUGUCAUGGCUGGAAUCCCCUGGGAGCUGAAGUGUCCCAAUGUAAUUGGAGUGAAGCUGACGGGCACUCUCUCGGGCUGGACCUCCCCGAAGGAUGUCAUCCUGAAGGUGGCAGGGAUCCUGACAGUGAAGGGUGGCACUGGAGCUAUCGUGGAGUACCACGGCCCUGGUGUCGACUCCAUCUCCUGUACUGGAAUGGCCACAAUCUGCAACAUGGGAGCUGAAAUCGGGGCCACCACUUCUGUCUUCCCUUACAAUCACAGAAUGAGGACGUACCUGGAGAAGACAGGAAGGGGGGAAAUCGCCUCUCUGGCUGAUGAGUAUAAGGAUCUGCUGGUGCCUGAUGCUGGCUGUGAAUACGACCAGCUGAUUGAGAUAAACCUCAGCGAGCUAAAGCCCCAUAUCAACGGCCCCUUCACUCCAGACCUGGCGCAUCCUGUCUCAGAAAUUGGCUCAGUGGCCGAGAAGAAUGGCUGGCCCCUGGAUGUCAAAGUCGGUCUCAUUGGAAGCUGCACCAACUCCAGCUAUGAGGACAUGGGAAGAGCUGCUUCACUGGCCAAGCAGGCUCUGGAUCACGGCCUCAAGUGCAAGGCCCAGUUCACCGUCACUCCCGGGUCGGAGCAGAUCCGUGCCACCAUAGAGAGAGAUGGAUAUGCUAAGAUCCUGAGUGAUGUUGGUGGAGUGGUCCUGGCAAAUGCCUGUGGACCCUGCAUUGGACAGUGGGACAGGCGUGAUGUGAAGAAGGGAGAGAAGAACACCAUUGUCACGUCCUUUAACAGAAACUUCACCGCUAGAAAUGAUGCUAAUCCUGCUACCCAUGCUUUUGUCACUUCUCCAGAGAUUGUCACCGCACUAGCCAUCGCAGGGUCGCUGAGUUUUAACCCUGAGACAGACUACCUCACGGCACCAAACGGGGAGAAGUUCAAACUGGAGCCACCGACGGGCGACGAGCUGCCAGCCCGAGACUUUGAUCCAGGCCAGGACACCUACCAGCACCCCCCCGCUGAUGGUUCUUCCCUGAGAGUGGACGUCAGCCCCCAGAGCAACCGCCUGCAGCUGCUGGAACCCUUCGACAAAUGGAACGGCAAAGACCUGGAGGACCUGCAAGUGCUCAUCAAGGUGAAGGGCAAGUGCACCACGGACCACAUCAGUGCUGCUGGACCUUGGCUCAAAUUCCGCGGUCACCUGGACAACAUCUCCAACAACCUGCUCAUCGGAGCCGUGAACAUCGAGAAUGACGCUGUCAAUAAGAUCCGUAACCAUCUGACGGGGGAGUAUGGAGGCGUGCCUGAUGUGGCCAGACACUACAAGAAGAACGGCCUCUCCUGGGUGGUGAUUGGGGAUGAGAAUUACGGGGAGGGCUCCAGCAGAGAGCACGCCGCCCUGGAGCCCAGACAUUUGGGAGGACGGGCCAUUAUCGUAAAGAGCUUUGCCAGGAUCCAUGAAACAAAUUUGAAAAAACAGGGUCUGCUUCCCUUGACCUUCUCUGACCCCACUGACUAUGACAAAAUCCGCCCAGAUGACAAGAUCUCCAUCAAAGGCCUUGAGAGUUUUGCUCCUGGAAAGCCUCUGCAAGCAGUGAUAAAACACGCCGAUGGCACCGAGGAGACUAUUCAGCUGAAUCACUCCUUCAAUGAGACACAGAUUGAGUGGUUCCAGGCAGGCAGUGCCCUAAACAGGAUGAAGGAGCUGCAGCAUUGAGGCGAGAUCGGGCUCGAGAUAGGAAGGGGAG